GUGAACAAUAUGGAUCACGGUUUGCCCAAGUUUUCUCUUCUAGGUUAUGAUGAUUGGAAUAUCAUGAUGGAAGCACAUCUCUACGCUCUACAUGAUUGCAUGUGGAUGGUGCUUGAGGAUGGACCCUUGAAAAUCUAAAUGGAGAACCCUGAGAGGAAUCCAGCUACUCCAGAUGUAGUCCAGUACAUUCCAAAGCCCAAAGAAAAAUUGGAUGAUAGAGAUUGCAAAAAGCACAAUCUGGACAACGUCGCCAAAGCAGCCAUCUUCAAGACACUUGAUCCCAUCACCUUCUCCAAGAUUAAGCAUCUCAAGACUGCCAUGGAGAUUUGGCAAGGUCUUGGGAAGCUAUGUGAGGGAUCAGAGGACCUGAGAAAGCAGAAGAUAGAAGUCCUGCUUGAGAAGUUCAAAAGCUUCAAAAUGCUUCCCGGAGAAUCAUUUGAUAUGUUGGAUGAAAGAUUCCACAAAAUAUUGAAUGAUCUUGCUUCACUUAACCACAUUCUUUCUCCCAAAGAAAAGAAUUUCAAAAAGAUGAUGAAAGACUUUGAGGAGAUAAAUCUCAAACACUCAUCCUUAACAGAAGAGAACAAACUAUUGAGUGAAGAGAAUCUCAAGUUGACUGAAAGUCGGAAAAGUCAACUGAAUGAGAUCACUCAACUCAAGACUGAAAAUGAAUCUCUCUCUGAAAAGGUGAAAUCCCUUAACAAAGAGCUAGGGAUACUCAAGUCCAAAGAAGCAGUGAACAAGCUGCUUGAAACGACCAAACAUAAGGGUCGCAAAGGACUUGGGUUUGACCCCUCUAGUUCCAAAAGGAAAGGGAAGACAACUUUCAUCCCUCCUAAACCUACUGUCAAACCUAAUAAGCAGAAAGGGAAGGAAAAGGAGAAACCAACAGAAGUUCCCAAAAAGGAAGCUGGACAGACCUCAAAAAGGAAACAAUUUCAUAUGAAAACCUUCUAACCCCCAAUACACACGAGGCUAUACUCAUUAU